CUACUUCCUAUGCCUGACCCGGCUUCUGGCGUCCGCAAGACGGAACUAAUCGCUUGCGCAGUGCAAAAUCACUUCAUCAGGUUCCGGUAGCGGGAAACAUGUUUCGUAACCAGUAUGACAACGAUGUCACAGUUUGGAGCCCUCAGGGGCGCAUCCAUCAGAUUGAAUAUGCCAUGGAAGCAGUGAAGCAGGGCUCGGCUACUGUGGGGCUGAAAUCGAGGACCCAUGCUGUGCUGGUUGCUUUAAAAAGAGCUCAAUCUGAACUAGCAGCUCACCAGAAGAAAAUCCUCCACGUGGACAACCACAUCGGUAUCUCCAUUGCUGGCCUGACUGCGGAUGCCCGUCUUCUGUGUAACUUUAUGCGACAAGAGUGUCUGGACUCCAGAUUUGUCUUUGACAGACCACUUCCUGUUUCUCGCCUGGUUUCCUUGAUUGGAAGCAAAACCCAGAUUCCAACACAGCGCUAUGGCAGACGGCCAUAUGGGGUGGGACUACUGAUAGCAGGCUAUGACGACAUGGGGCCUCACAUUUUUCAAACCUGCCCUUCAGCCAACUACUUUGACUGUAAAGCGAUGUCAAUCGGCGCAAGGUCUCAGUCAGCCCGCACUUACCUGGAAAGACACAUGGAUGCUUUUUCGGACUGUGAUUUGAAUGAACUGGUUAAGCAUGGACUGCGAGCUUUAAGGGAAACCCUACCAGCUGAACAAAAUCUUACCAUAAAGAAUGUUUCUAUUGGAAUUGUUGGGAAAGAGUUGGAGUUUACUGUCUAUGAUGAUGAUGAUGUUUCGCCAUUCCUUGAAGGCCUGGAGGAGAGACCUCAGAAAAAGGCCCCACAGCCUCCUGAUGCUCCUCCUGCUGAUAAACCCGAUGAGCCAAUGGAGCACUAGUGUGCGGCCAUUGGUGCACAGUCACAAAGACAGGUUCUUCACAAGUUCAUUUUCUCUACUUUAUUUGCAGCAGGAUGAAAUACAAAAUGUCAAUAAAACAGGUUUGUUAAAUACAGGAAA